UAAUAUCGUCUUUUUGGCCAAUAAACCUCCUUCAUUUUUCCUAUAUAACUGUAGCCACAGACUACACAAAAAAGCCAAUAAACUUGUUCUGUUUUCUUCUUCCUACUAGAAGCAAAUAAAAGAUGGUAAUAUUGCAUAAGGGCGUUUUGUCCACAAACAUGAAAGCAAGAAUAAUAGGUUCAGGAAAAGAAACCAUAAUUCUGGCACAUGGGUAUGGAGGAGACCAGUCUGUUUGGGAUAAAAUAUUGCCGAAACUCAUGUCUAAUUACCAGAUUCUCCUCUUUGACUGGAGCUUUUCUGGUGCUGUUAAAGAUCAAUGUCUUUUUGACUCUGAGAAAUACUCCUCCUAUGAAGCUUUUGCUGAUGACUUAAUAGCUCUCCUUGAUGACAUGAAGUUGGAUUCUUCUAUUUUUGUGGGUCACUCCAUGUCUGGCAUCAUUGGUUGCAUUGCUUCUGUCAAAAGACCGAAUCUCUUCAACAGGCUCAUCCUUGUUGCAUCUUCUCCCAGGUUCAUUAACUUGGAAGAUUAUGUAGGAGGUUUUGAAAUAGCAGAUAUAGAGCAGAUGUUUCAAAACAUUGAGGAGAACUACGGCGUUUGGAGUUCAGGCUUUGCUCGUAUAGCUGUGGAUCCAAGUGAUCCUCCCUCUGUUGAGAAAUUCGAGAAAUCUUUGAAAAGAAUGGGAGUCGAAGUUGCAUUGCCUUUAGCAAAAACAGUUUUUCUCAGUGAUUAUCGAGCCAUUCUUGAAAAGGUUGUCACCCCGUGUACCAUAAUUCAGUGUAAGAUUGAUUUUGCUGUUCCAAAUUCAGUUGCUACCUUCAUGCACACCAACAUCAAGGGAGAAUCAACGGUGGAGAUCAUCAACACUCGAGGCCAUUUCCCUCAGCUCACUGCUCAUGAAGAAUUCCUUAAUGUAAUUCAUAGAGUCUUAACUUCUUAGAUAAUUUCUUGCAUGCUUGUUUUUUUCUUUUUUGGUUUGUUUGUUUGUUUGUUGGCAGUGAAAGAAAAAGAUGAACUAAUGUUAAAAAAUGAUCAUUUGUGAGAUAAAGUAGUACUAGUAAUCUUGUUUUCA